AUGGAUAUUCCAGAUUUUACAUUAGACAUGGAAUCGUACUUGAUGAAAGCACCUUCACAACUAGGAGUUUUAUGUCAGCACUGUUCUAUGACGGAUUUACCGUGUCCGAAAGCUCAACAGAAUGACCACUAUGUGAGAAGUGAACCGCGAUUCCACGAAUUUGAAAUGUUAUACUUUUUGGAUACAAAAGAUUACAACUAUUCAAACAAUCUUCGCAAGUUCACGUUUCCGUUCCUGCAGGAGCAUGGCUCGCCAUCGUUACCGUCACUGUACUCGUUGGCGCCGUCGGAUCUUUCAUGCAGUGAACCGCUUUGUCGAAUCUGCCAUUGUUGUUGGCCUGCAGACGCUUCGGAUCCACUAAUAUCACCGUGCCGGUGCUCUGGAUCUUUACAAUAUGUUCAUGUUUCGUGUUUAAUGCAUUGGUUGGAUAUUUCAUCGCGAAAGUUGCAUCGGCCAGCCGUAUGUGAACUAUGUCUGUAUAAAUAUAGGAGAAGGCGAGUAUUGAAGUACCAAGAGAUCAAACUUCCGAGCUGUUCCGAUCGCGAUAUACGGUAUUACACGCUGCUCGUGUGUGCACUGGCUCUGAUGAUACUCUCAGCAUUGGCUACCGUAAUAUGCUUUCAGUUGGAAAAAUCGUAUUCAACUCAUUCUAAUAAAACAACACCAUCACCGUUGCCAUUGUCCGAAGUGAUGUCGACGUCAACAGAGCUGACGACGUCGACGAACGAACUUCUGCAUCGUGAAGACGUUGAGAAUCUGCUCAGUACUGUAACCCUCAUUGCCGCUAUUCUCUUCUUCUUUAGCUUUUUCAUGGCCAUGUAUGCUCAUGUUAAGUCGGGUAUCAGUUUUUGUGGCUAUAUUUCUUUAUGUUGGAGUUCAAAUUUGGAAUGGAAAAUUGAUGAAUACAAACAAUCGCGGGACUCACAAUACCUCAAUAAACUCGAGGAACUACGACGAAAAAUCAAUGAAAAACAACGAAAAGCCUCAGAUGAGGUCGAGCCGUUACGUAAUACGGUGGUUGUCAUUGAGUAA